CUCCUUCCAGAGCCCAAGGACUCACAGCUUCCUCCGCUGCUUCCUGUGCCAACAACCCCCCAAAAGUUGUGAUGCUUUUCUUCACCCAGUGCUUUGGGGCUGUGUUAGAUCUCAUUCACCUCCGCUUUCAGCACUACAAAGCUAAACGGGUUUUCUCUGCUGCUGGGCAACUUGUCUGCGUCGUAAACCCCACGCACAACCUAAAGUAUGUGUCCAGCCGACGCGCCAUCACUCAGAGCGCACCAGAGCAAGGCAGCUUCCCCCCUCACCACCACACCCACCACCACUGCCAUCAUCGUCCCCACCACCACCUCUGCCACCAUGCCCGGCCCCACCACCUCCACCACCAGGAGGCAGGGCUGCACGCUGCCCAGGUGACACCCUGCCUGUGCCCCUUGUUCUCUUGCCAGUGGGAAGGCCACCUGGAGGUGGUGGUGCCCCACCUGCGGCAGAUGCACCGGGUGGACAUCCUCCAGGGAGCUGAGAUAGUCUUCCUGGCCACAGACAUGCACCUCCCUGCGCCAGCUGACUGGAUCAUCAUGCACUCCUGCCUCGGCCACCACUUUCUGCUGGUGCUUAGGAAACAGGAAAGGCACGAGGGGCACCCACAGUUCUUUGCCACCAUGAUGCUGAUUGGGACCCCCACCCAGGCUGACUGCUUCACCUACCGCCUGGAGCUCAACAGAAACCAUCGGCGUCUCAAAUGGGAGGCUACCCCCAGGUCUGUCCUUGAGUGUGUGGACUCAGUCAUCACUGACGGGGACUGCCUUGUCCUCAACACCUCGCUGGCCCAGCUCUUCUCCGACAACGGCAGCCUUGCCAUUGGAAUCGCUAUCACCGCGACAGAGGUCUGCUCCUCCGAAGCCGAGAUGUGA